CUUCAGCACAAUCAAUCUAAAUGAAUAGUAUUAUUUUACAAGUUGGUUUUAUCCUAAAGUAAAGUAUAAGCUUUACUCCCACAUAGAAAAAUCAAUCUCCAAUUCUUAUCCGAUUUCAAUGGCGACAUUGGGUUCUUUGGUGUGUGCAUCAACUCCAAACCCACCCAAUCAAAACCCAUCAUCUUCAUCGUCUUCUUGUUCAAAUUCAAGGCAAACCCUUUGUUUAACAAGACGAAGAUCUGUAGUUUUUACUUCCUCCUUGGUGGCCUCUUAUUUGCAUUUGCAUCAAAAUGGAAAAAAGCCCACUUUACAGCCCGCCAUAGCCCAAGAAAUGGACGAGCUUGACGUAGAUGAAAACCGGGUUGUUCAAAUUUUCCAGGAAAAUUUAUCCUCUGUGGUUUUUAUCAAGGACAUUGAGUUAGCUAAAGUCCCAAAGAGCACUUCUGAAAAGAGUGUAGCUGAUGAGGAGAAUGCGAAAGUGGAAGGAACGGGUUCUGGCUUUAUCUGGGACGAUUUUGGUCAUAUUGUAACUAACUACCACGUGGUUUCUAAAUUGGCAACGGAUAGAAGUGGCUUACAAAUCUGUAAGGUUCCGUUUUUCUGUAUUUUUCUUGCUGUAUUUGCUUAUCUUGAUGGGAACUUUGCAGUAUCUUUAGUGGAUUCUAGAGGCAAAAACAUCACUAGAGAAGGCAAAAUAGUUGGUUUUGAUCCGGAUUAUGACCUGGCAAUUCUGAAGGUCGAUGCCGAGAGAAAUGAGUUCAAGCCAGUGACAUUCGGCACAUCUCAUGACUUACGAGUGGGGCAAAGUUGUUUUGCUAUUGGGAACCCAUAUGGAUAUGAGAACACUUUAACCACAGGGGUUAUCAGUGGAUUAGGCAGGGAGAUACCUUCUCCAAACGGGAAAGCUAUUCGAGGAGCAAUUCAAACGGAUGCUGCUAUUAAUGCCGGUAAUUCGGGUGGGCCGUUGAUUGAUUCGCACGGGCAUGUUAUUGGAGUUAAUACAGCGACUUUCACCCGUAAAGGAAGUGGAACAUCAUCUGGGGUGAAUUUCGCGAUACCGAUUGACUCAGCUCUUCGAAUCGUGCCUUACCUUAUUGUGUACGGGACUCCAUAUGCAGACAGAUACUGAAAGAGCAUCGGAUAAUAGUUAAUAGUUAGAUAAUAAAUACUGACAUUUUUUUUUUCUUUACUAAGCUUUCAAACUGGUUUUCUUGAAGAUCAUGAAUCCAGUGUUGUGUAUAUGCUCAAGCUUCAAAAUUCGACAUAAUUUUUUGUGUUGUAAUUACCAUUUUUCUUUACAUAGUGCGAUCAUAACUUCGAAACAACGAUUAGCUAGACUUCAUUUUUCG